GCGUUUUUUUUGUGUACGUGUGUUUGCAGUGCUGGUGAGGGAACCCGGGCCUUGUGCAUGGUAGGCAAGUGCUUAGCCAUGAAGCUCGACCCCUAGCGUUACAUUUACAUGUAGGGUGCCAUGUUUUUAUAUUUGUUUUUGUUUUUAGGUUUCGGGUGUCUUUGUGAGCCCUGGAAAUUCUCGAAGGCCCCAGGUCCAGGGCCUACGGGACAGGCUGGGAGCCCUGGUUCCCACAGUGGCUCAGGGAGGGUUAUGAGCCUCAGGUCUUUUGGCUAUCAGCAAGCAGGCCACCUCCCCGCCCCCCAUUCAGCUCCCGAGGUCGCUGGGAGCCACCAGCAGCCUGCUGUGAGGCAGGCCUUCCCAGACUCCAGGCACCAGGAGGCUGGACGUGUGAGAGCCGAGAGCCCCACAGAGGGCGCCCAUGUCACCCCCACAGAGUCACCUUUGAUGGCAGGGUGGUGUCUGGUGAGUUCCUGUGGCUGCCCAGAGGCCACGGCACCUCUCUGUGGUCACCAGCCGCUCCUCCAGAGGCCUCCAGGCUCAUUAGUGGUCACUGCCUGCCUCUCUUCCCUAGAACGGGACCUCAGACUCCUGAGCAACAACAAGAUCACCGUGCUCCGGAAUGGAUCCUUCCUGGGUCUGUCCCUGCUGGAGAAGUUGGACCUGAGGAACAAUGUCAUCAGCGUGGUGCAACCUGGAGCCUUCCUGGGCCUGGGGGAGCUGAAGCGCUUAGAUCUCUCCAACAACCGGAUCGGCUGUUUCACCUCCGACACCUUCCAAGGCCUCCCCAGGCUUCUCCGACUGAACAUAUCUGGAAACAUCUUCUCCAGUCUGCAUCCCGGGGUCUUCGAUGAGCUGCCAGCCCUUAAGGUGGUGGACUUUGGCACUGAGUUCCUGACCUGCGACUGCCACCUGGGCUGGCUGCUGCCCUGGGCCCGGAAUCACUCCCUGCAGCUGUCCGAGCGCACACUGUGUGCCUAUCCCAGUGCCCUGCAUGCCCAGGCCCUGGGUGGCCUGCAGGAGACACAGCUCCGCUGCGAGGGGGCCCUGGAGCUGCACACCCACCACCUCAUCCCCUCGCUGCGCCAAGUGGUGUUCCAGGGCGACCGGCUGCCCUUCCAGUGCUCCGCCAGCUACCUAGGCAACGACACCCACAUCCACUGGUACCACAACCGGGCCCCUGUGGAGGGAGACGAGCAGGCAGGCAUCCUCCUGGCCAAGAGCCUUGUGCACGACUGUACCUUCAUCACCAGUGAGCUGACCCUGUCCCACAUCGGUGUGUGGGCCUCAGGCGAAUGGGCGUGCACAGUGUCCACCGUCCAGGGCAGCGCCAGCAAGAAGGUGGAGAUCGUGGUGCUGGAGACCUCUGCCUCCUACUGCCCUGCCGAGCGCGUCGCCAACAAUCGUGGGGACUUCAGGUGGCCUCGAACUCUGGCUGGCAUCACAGCCUACCAGCCCUGCCUGCAGUAUCCCUUUACCUCGGUGCCCCUGAGUGGAGGUGCCCCGGGCACCCGAGCCUCCCGCCGCUGCGACCGAGCUGGCCGCUGGGAGCCAGGGGACUACUCCCACUGUCUGUACACCAACGACAUCACCAGGGUGCUGUAUACCUUCGUGCUGAUGCCCAUCAAUGCCUCCAAUGCGUUGACCCUGGCUCACCAGCUGCGAGUGUACACGGCUGAAGCUGCCAGCUUCUCAGACAUGAUGGACGUAGUCUACGUGGCUCAGAUGAUCCAGAAAUUUUUGGGUUAUGUUGACCAGAUCAAAGAGCUGGCAGAAGUGAUGGUGGACAUGGCCAGCAACCUGAUGCUGGUGGAUGAGCAUCUGCUGUGGCUGGCCCAGCGCGAGGACAAGGCCUGCAGUGGCAUCUUGGGCGCCCUGGAGCGCAUCGGGGGAGCAGUCCUCAGCCCCCACGCCCAGCACAUCUCUGUGAACUCAAGGAACGUGGCGCUGGAGGCCUACCUCAUCAAGCCACAUGGCUACGUGGGUCUGACCUGCACAGCCUUCCAGAGGCAGGAGCUGGGGGCGGCCGGGCCGCGGCUGGGCAGUGCUGGCCACAGCGCCCUACCCGAGCCUGAGGCCCCUGCUGACCAGCACCUCCGCUUCCGUUGCACCACUGGGAGGCCCAACAUCUCUCUGUCGUCCUUCCACAUCAAGAACAGCGUGGCCCUGGCCUCCAUCCAGCUGCCCCCCAGCCUCUUCUCCUUCCUUCCGGCUUCCCUGGCUCCCCCGGCACCCCCAGACUGCACCCUGCAACUGCUGGUCUUCCGAAACGGCCGCCUCUUCCGCAGCCAUGGCAACACCACCCGCCCCGGCGCUGCCGGGACUGGCAAGAGGCGUGGUGUGGCCACCCCUGUCAUCUUCGCAGGCACCAGCGGCUGUGGUGUGGGGAACCUCACGGAGCCAGUGGCUGUGUCGCUGAGGCACUGGGCUGAGGGGGCCGACCCCAUGGCAGCCUGGUGGAGCCGUGAGGGGCCCGGGGGCUGGAGCUCAGAAGGCUGCCAGCUGCGCUCCAGCCAGCCCAACGCCAGCUCCCUGGAUUGCCAGCACCUGGGCAGUGUGGCUGUGCUCAUGGAGCUGAGUGCUUUCCCCAAGGAGGCAGGGGGCGCUGGGGCUGGGCUGCACCCUGUCGUGUACCCCUGCACAGCUCUGCUGCUGCUGUGCCUCUUCUCCACCAUCAUCACUUACAUCCUCAACCACAGCUCCAUCCAUGUGUCCCAGAAGGGGUGGCACAUGCUGCUGAACCUCUGUUUCCACAUGGCCAUGACCUCCGCCGUCUUUGCAGGAGGCAUUAUGCUCACCAAUUACCAGAUGGUCUGCCAGGCGGUGGGCAUCACUCUGCACUACUCUUCACUGUCCACACUGCUCUGGAUGGGGGUAAAGGCGCGAGUCCUGCACAAGGAGCUCACCUGGAGGGUGCCCCCUCCACAGGAAGGUGACCCUCCCCCACCUGCUCCCCGGCCCAUGCUCCGGUUCUACCUGAUUGCUGGAGGGAUCCCACUCAUAAUCUGUGGCAUCACAGCUGCGGUCAAUAUCCACAACUACCAGGACCACAGUCCCUACUGCUGGCUGGUGUGGCGUCCCAGCCUCGGCGCCUUUUACAUCCCAGUGGCUUUGAUUCUGCUGAUCACCUGGAUCUACUUCCUGUGUGCAGGACUGCACUUACGGGGUCCUCUGGCAAAGAGGUCGAAGGGCAGCGGCAGCAGGAUCUCCCUGGAGCCAGGAGAGGAACUGAGAGCUUCCACCAGGCUCAGGAGCAGCGGUGCCCUCCUGAGUGACUCAGGUUCCCUGCUGGCAACCGGGAGCACAGGGGGGGCGACCCCAGGGGUCCCGGAGAAUGGUGACGGCCUCUAUUCCCCAGGAGUCCAGCUGGGGGCGCUGGUGACCACGCACUUCCUGUUCCUGGCCAUGUGGGCCUGCGGAGCCCUGGCCGUGUCCCAGCGUUGGCUGCCCCGGGUGGUGUGCAGCUGUCUCUACGGGGUGGCAGCCUCGGCCCUGGGACUCUUCGUCUUCACGCAUCACUGUGCCAGGCGCAGGGACGUCAGGGCUUCCUGGCGCGCGUGCUGUCCCCCGGCUUCGUCCUCGGCCCCCCACGCCUCGAUACGAGCAGUGCCCGCCACCAUCGAGGACGGUCCCCUCGUGGUGGCCGAGAGACCCGCGUCCCUCCAGUCCUCUCCGGGCGCUGACUGCCCGGUGCUUGGUGACUUGAGCGAAGUGGAGGGCGCCCCCACCUGGACCCGGGCGGGAAUGCACGAACAGUGCUCCGAGUUCGGCUCCACCUGUCGCUGCAGGUGGUGUUUGGAGAAGCACUGA